AUGGAGGAACUCGAUCAAAUCCUUGAAAGGUUCACUGACCCAUCGACUGGGUCUUUACACGGUGCGGUUUUCAUUGCCAUUGACCGCUCAGGGAAAACUAUCUACAACGGCUCUGCCGGAAAGGCAACUUUUGACACGCAAAAUACAUCCGUUGUGAACCAACAUUCCCUAUGCUGGAUUGCAUCAAUGACAAAACUAGCAACAGCAGUGGCUGUUAUGCAAUUAGUUGAGCGGGGCACUGUUUCCUUGGACGAUGAUGCUCGUGAAAUCGUUCCUGAGCUUAGAGAUAUCGAGGUUUUCAUAGAUGGCCAUGGCUUCGUUUAUGAUAGGUCUUCGCCAUUACUUCAAAAAUGGUCCGAAUCCAGAGGUCGAACAGCGCAUACGUUUUCUGGAAGUCUGGAGGGAUAUUCCCACCCGCUAAUCUUUCAGCCUGGAAGUUCAUGGGCGUACGGUAGUGGGAUUGACUGGUCUGGACGACUAGUAAGUAACCCCAACCUCCCCCCCCCCCCCCCCCCGGAUCUAGCUUCUAAACAAAAAAAGAUUGAAAUUGUGACCAAAAGCACGCUUGAAGAAUACAUGCAGAAGAAUAUUUGGUCCAAGCUCGGAGCGAACUCAACUACUUUUUGUCCAGAACUGCAUCGCGAUACUUUACCUCCGGCAUUAGAGAUGGGAUAUCGACUCAGUAUUGGCCAGGGCGAAAAGUCCAUAAAAAAAGGAUCUAUCAUUCUUGGCCAGCCUGCUAAAGACAAUUUGGGUGGAAUUGGUCUAUUCAGUACACCUGCCGACUAUAUGAAACUACUAUCCGCCCUUGUUGGAGGUGGAUUUCCGUUGUUGUCUCAAGAUAGUAUUGACAUGCUAUUUCAGCCCCAGCUGAGCGAGGCAUCUCGAAUAGCUAUGCCAAAGCCUCUUGGUUCGCAAAUGAGACGAGUUAUUGGAAUCGAAUCACCGGAUGAUUACACACAGGCAGAUCAUUGUUUGGCUGGGACCAUGACGUUGAAGGAUAUCCCUGGUAGACGGAGAGCAGGCACUGUUAACUGGAGUGGGUUGCCAAAUUUACAUUGGUGGAUCGACCGACAGACGGGGAUUGCAGCUGCGCUUUUUACCCAACUUAUGCCGCCUGGGGAUGCAGCUGUUACUGGUCUUUUAAUUGAGCUAGAGAAAGCUCUCUACGGAGCAUUGAGUCGGAGCGCAGGCCAUUAUAGUAGUGGGUCAAAAUUAUAG